GUUUGCGAGAAGCGGGAGGCGAGUACUAGAGCGCUAGAAGCAUGCUCCCAGCCCAGCUCAACCAGCAGAUGAACUGCAGAUCACGGGCUCAGGAUUACAUGCAAGCUGCACAGACACUCUGCUGCUCUAUCUAACAGUCAGGCUGGCUGUUCACUGGUCCUGGGGACACGAAAGAGUACCACGGUGUGCAGGCCACUGGACAAAAGCAUGCAACCGGAGGAUGUCUAAGGCUGUUGGGGGCUGCAGAUUUUCCCCUUGUCAAGGGAUCCCUAUGGGAAUGCUUGCCCUGUGGUGUUCACUAAGCUUUUUCCUGGUGACUGUGAGUGGAGUCCCAGCAGCCAGGCUACCUAUCACAGAGGCCAAGGAGAACAGAGGGAACAGAAAACCAGCAGAUUAUCUCAUCGAAGAGCCCGCCCAACUGGAUGAACUCAUAUUUGGGAUUGGAGAAACCAUAGAGUUGUCCUGCAGUGCAGAAGGUUCCUCCAUGGCUACCUCGUGGUUUAAAGAUGGUAUUGCCAUCUUUGCAAACAACAGAACACGUACACAACAGAACCUGCUGAAGAUAAUCAAUGUAUCCUAUGAUGAUUCUGGGAUCUAUAGCUGCCGAGUGUGGCCUUACAGUGAAAUUCUCCGCAAUUUUACCAUAAGAGUAUCAGAACUUCCAUCAUCAGGCGACGAUGAAGAUGAUGAGGAAUCGGAGGACAGAGAACCUCCCUAUUGGACCCAGCCAGACAAAAUGGCAAAAACACUGACUGCCGUUCCUGCUGCUAGCACGAUACGUUUCCGUUGCCCUGCUGCUGGUAAUCCUACUCCUACCAUUUACUGGCUGAAAAACGGAAAGGAAUUCAAAGGGGAGCAUCGUAUCGGUGGCAUCAAACUUCGACAUCAACAGUGGAGCCUAGUGAUGGAAAGUGUGGUACCAUCAGACAAAGGGAACUACACGUGUGUGGUUGAGAACAAGUACGGAAGCAUCCGACAAACCUAUCAGUUGGAUGUUCUUGAGCGGUCCUCUCACAGGCCCAUACUCCAGGCGGGAUUACCUGCCAAUCAGACUGUGGUAGUCGGAAGUGAUGUGGAGUUUCACUGUAAAGUCUACAGUGAUGCACAGCCCCAUAUUCAGUGGCUGAAACAUGUAGAAGUAAAUGGUAGCAAGUUUGGUCCCGACGGUGACCCUUAUGUCUCCAUCCUACAAUCCAAGACCAGCAACACCACAGAAGCAGAUAGUAGACUAAAAUUAAAUAAUGUGACAGAAAACGACCAAGGAGAAUAUCUGUGUAGAGCCAAGAAUUCCAUAGGGUUAGCCGAAGCUUCUUAUUGGCUCUACAUAUACAAACCAUCGGCAGGGGAGCUUAUAGAGAAAGUGAACACGGCACCCACCAGUUCAAUCACCAUUCUCAUCGUUGUCACAGCUGCUGUUAUUUUAAUUUUGUCGAUCAUCAUUAUCGUCACCUAUCGAAUGAAGGUCCCUUCCAAGAAGGCAAUGAACACGCCAACGGUGCAAAAGGUCUCAAAGUUUCCACUAAAGAGACAGCAGGUGUCUCUGGAAUCCAACUCUUCCAUGAAUUCCAACACCCCAUUGGUGAGAAUUACCCAUCUCUCCUCCAGUGAUGGAGCCAUGUUGGCCAACGUGUCAGAACUAGGUCUUCCUCCAGAUCCCAAGUGGGAGCUCCCAAGAUCCCGCCUUACUCUAGGAAAACCUCUAGGAGAGGGAUGUUUUGGCCAAGUAGUGAUGGCUGAAGCUAUCGGCAUUGAUAAGGAUAAGCCAAACAAAGCUGUUACCGUAGCUGUAAAAAUGUUGAAAGAUGAUGCAACUGACAAGGACCUCUCCGACCUAGUCUCUGAAAUGGAAAUGAUGAAAAUGAUUGGAAAACACAAAAAUAUCAUCAAUUUACUUGGAGCCUGUACGCAGGACGGGCCUCUGUAUGUAUUGGUUGAAUAUGCUUCUAAAGGAAACCUUCGGGAAUAUCUACGAGCUCGACGCCCACCUGGCAUGGAUUAUUCUUUCGAUACAUGUAAAAUCCCAGCAGAGCAGCUGACUUUUAAGGAUCUGGUGUCCUGUGCUUACCAGGUGGCCCGUGGCAUGGAGUAUCUGGCGUCUCAAAAGUGUAUUCACAGAGACCUUGCAGUUAGGAACGUGUUGGUAACAGAAGACAACGUCAUGAAGAUUGCAGACUUCGGACUGGCCAGAGACAUCCACAACAUAGAUUACUAUAAAAAAACUACAAAUGGUCGGCUGCCUGUGAAAUGGAUGGCUCCAGAAGCAUUGUUUGAUCGGGUCUACACUCAUCAGAGCGAUGUAUGGUCAUUCGGGGUGCUGUUGUGGGAGAUAUUUACGCUUGGAGGGUCUCCAUACCCAGGGAUCCCAGUAGAAGAACUCUUUAAGCUCUUAAAAGAAGGUCACAGAAUGGACAAGCCAGCAAACUGCACUCACGAGCUAUAUAUGAUAAUGAGAGAGUGCUGGCACGCUGUCCCAUCACAAAGACCGACCUUCAAGCAGCUGGUGGAAGACCUAGACCGUAUCCUCACUGUGACAUCUACUGAUGAGUACCUCGACCUAUCAGUGCCAUUUGAGCAGUAUUCGCCUGCUUGCCAGGAUAGUCACAGUACCUGCUCUUCUGGAGAUGACUCUGUGUUUGCCCAUGACAUUCUUCCUGAUGAACCAUGUCUUUCUAAACACCAGCAAUACGAUGGUGUAAUCCGAACAUGAUUCCAGAAGAUAACAAACAUAGAAGGAAUGUAGACUUGAGGCACGUGGACAAAAUUGUCCUGUUUGGCAAGGAUUGUAAUUUUUUUUUGUUUUUGAGCCGUAGAAUUUACUUGCUGUACAAGAAGUCACGAAGCACUGUUUGGCCUGAAGGAACUAAUCUUGUGUCAAGAUAGAAAAAAUAUAUAUAAAUUAAAAUAUAUACUAUAAAUAUAUAUAUAUAUUUUAAAGAGAUUGUUGAAACUUGGGAGUCUCGUAAAAGCGACCUCUUGUUAUCCACUGUUGAGCGACCAUUCUGUGCCUGUAAUGCAAAGAAACGAACCAGAAAGAAAAGACAAUGCAAGACAUUGUGUAGAAAGAAAGACUACACACUUGUAAAGAAUGUAAACAAACAAAAACCUUAAAAGAAUGUUUUUUUUUUUUUAUAUGCAAUCUCGUGAACCUUUUUGGGUGGAUCUCAAAGGCUAUUUUGAGGCCUGGCAAUCUCAUUACUUUUUAACCUCUUGGUUUUUUACAUUUAUGGUAAAACAAACCUGCACAAUCACAAUUAUGAUAAGCCAUGAUUUCCAUGAAAAACAUUCACAAUAAUGACAUAACAUUUAAAGCUACCACCAAUGUAACUGUAAAAAAACACACAAAAAAUAA